AUGGAACACAAGCGAGCAGAACGUACUCUCUACGCAGUGUCACUUUUGGCAUUUCUAUUCAUUAUAACCGAGUUCUUUGGUGGAUACUUCGCGAAUAGCCUUGCGGUAAUGACUGACGCUGGGCAUAUGACAACAGAUUUAUUAAGCUUUCUCAUAUCUAUAGCAGCCAUCAAACUGGCUCGGCUCAAACCGACAAAAAUAUAUUCAUUUGGUUUUCAUAGAGCUGAAGUACUUGGAGCACUUCUAAGUAUCUUAACAAUAUGGAUUUUAACCAUUGUACUCGUCUAUUUAGCUGUUGAGCGCAUUAUCGAGGAUAAUUUUGAAGUUGAUGCAAAUAUUAUGCUAAUUACAGCGUGCAUCAGUAUAAUUUUUAACAUUAUCAUGGGUAUCAUUCUCAUGAUUGGCAAAAAUAGCCAUAGCCAUUUUGGAAUGUCACAUUCUCAUUCUCAUGAUGGCAACAAGAAAAUGCAGCAACAAAGUAACAUCAAUGUACGCGCAGCUUUCAUUCAUGUACUUGGCGAUUUGGUACAAUCAUUUGGCGUUUUAAUUGCAGCAUUCAUUAUAAAAUUGACAAAUUUUCGCCUUGCAGAUCCAUUAUGCACCUUUUUCUUUUCAUUUCUUGUCUUGAUUACGACUUUGCCAGUGCUACGAGAUGCUCUUAUCGUAUUGAUGGAAGCAACCCCACGCCAUAUAAAUGUUGAUGAAAUCCAUCGAGAUCUUCUUUCUAUAAACGGGGUUCAAAGUAUCCAUUCGCUUCGAGUGUGGUCGUUAUCAAUUGAUAAAACGGCCGUUUCCGUGCAUUUAAACACUGAUAAAGACUGUGACUUAGAUCAUAUUAUUCACGAAGCAAACGAACGACUUAGACUGAAGCAUGAUAUCGGCUAUCGCACCGUCCAAGUAAAACAUUUUAUUCCUAUAAAAUCAUUAUAA